AUGCCGGAAAAUACAGUGAGGUCAAUCCUCUAUGUUCGCAUUCUUGAAGCCGCACUCGUGCGUGCUGUUCGGGGCCUCGACCAUGGCGACAUCGACACGAUCCCGGACCGACUCGAAAGGGUGUGGGAUAUACUCGAAGACUACCCCGGGGGAAGUUUCCACGCCGCCGAGGAGAUGCUACUGCGAUGGCUCCUUAAAAACAUGACGGGGUCUUCCCCGGCCGCCGGACGAGUCCGACGCUACCACCGAGUCUGGGACAUCCUAUCCGCCGUCUUCGCCUCAAUUCCGCUAUCCUUUCUGGCCAAGACCCUUGCCGACCGCCGGUUUGUUGGGUUACUGCAACAGACACUAAACGAUAUUGCGGUACCACAACGAGAGGAACAGCCGCAGAAGCAAACGGGCGGGGCCUACCUAGAUAUCGACAUGCCUGAUGCGCCUGCCCCUGAGAGCCCAACAAAUCCAAGGAAACGAAAGAGGUUAGAUGGGCUCGGGUUCGAUCCGGCAAGUCAAAAGCAGAUGACCGGGUGUCUACACACGGCCGAGGCGGUUUUCGAGGCCGUCCGAGUCCUCCUCUCUCAAUGCGAACUUAAGUCCAUGGAUGGGCCAAUGACGCACAAAAUGGGCGCUGAACACGUCAAAGCGCUGUUCUCGACAACUGCGGCUGAGACAAUGGGGGUCAUGGUACCGUGGAUAACCGUUUGCGAGUUAGCUGUGGACGGAUCCUGCGGCGGUCUCUUCAGGGAGCAGUCAUCAUGGGUUUCAACUCUGUCAGCACUGUGGGAGCUUCAUCUACAAAGCGCAACAGACGCAUCUGAAGUUGCGACCCACCUAUCAGCCACAGCAUCUCGACUUCUCGGCAAAUUGACCGGGAUCCCACAACAGAUCUCCCUCGGUAUUGAAGUCACGGUGCAAGAGCGUUGGGCCCGUGACAUUCGUCGUUUUCUUGCCCGGAACCUCGUCCUACCAGCUAGGGCUUCAUUCUUGGCUAAGGAAGGCCAAGAUGUAAUGAAGCUUGCUGUGGAAUUGGCGAGUGCCUCUGCUCAAAUAACCUUCCCCGUGUUGUUUGACCUGGCGAGCAAGGCGCCACUAGAAAUUGGGGGCAAGGCCUCCCGAAAGGACUACGAGACAUGGACUCAGUCCGUCUUUGACGCUGUGGUUCUUGCAGUCAAUAAUGUCAAUCGCGAUGCCAGGCUGCCCACUGUUAAGGGGGUCAUGGCCGUAGCAGCAGACCGGGCGUCCGCCCUGUCCGCGGACAGUCUUCGCAGUGUGUGCAGCAACUACGCACUCCGUAAGGAGACGUGUGAUUGGGACCUACUACUUGCCAUUAUCAAGCUCAAUGCGGAUGUCUUUCUAGUCACCGAUCAAGGGGAAAAAUUGCUUGAUACGGUUUUGGCUCAGACCAGGGAACCGGAUUCGCUUGGAGUUGAGGACUCGAUCAAGGCGGUGCAGUUUAUUGUUCUACUUGCCAACGGAUAUGCACAGGCUCGCGACCUGUCAACAUUUGUUCAGCUGUGGUUAAAGCAACUAGAACCGGUCAAGGCCAAAAAUGGUCCCCAACCGCUGUGGGCACAAAAGGAGCUUUCCGAAACGGUUACAGAUCUCGUCCGUUCGUCUCUCAAUUCCAGCCAGCUCAUCGAGAUUUUGGAAUGGCUCUCGUCCAGAACACAGCCCACCGAGAGCAUGGCCAGGAUUCACAUCCUCGAGGCUCUCUCGGGCGGUAUCUCUACCGAGGAAUUCAUCGACGCCGCCAGCAUCAAGACGUUUGAAGGGGCCUUCUUAGAGAAGCCUUCUAAGAAAGACCUCCCCGCCGUAGCCGCGUGUCGAUGGAAUGUUGCUUCUCAGGCGAUCUCGAAGGGCACUCUCGAAGAGGCGAACCAGAUCUGGACUCGGAUUAGGCCAGACAUCAAGAGCGCGCUCCGGAAGGGGCCUACCGACCGAAUAGACACAUUUGCCGCCUUCAAGUGCUGCGUUGGUGCGUGGAUAGCUAACUAUCGUACCGGGGAAAAUGAAGAUGAUACGGCUUCCAUGGUCUACUCUUUUCUCGAGAGGCUUCGGAAAGAGCACGAGGCGAGCGAGACGGGCGCCGAAUCAGGGGAGCCUUCGUUGAACAUGGCCACAUAUAUCACCUGGGUUCUUUCAGACGCGCCCCGUGUUUUCAGCUUGCUCGUGGAAAAGUCAGGAAACGCUCCCGAUGUCGUGCUUUCUUUCUUGGCGAUGCAUAAAACGGAGGAGGCAGCUAAAGCCAGCCCUACCAUGUCCAUCGCUCCCCUUAUUCUGGAACGCGAGAGUAUCUUAAAGAACCAGGGUCUCAUGGACCUGCUGAUCAAGGCCAUUACUAUGAUGAUUGAUACAUCCAAAAAGGGCCGUUCAGAUCUCGGCACCAUGGUGGCGAUCCACUUCCUUCUACGAGUACCGAUUGAAAUCUUUAACAGAAACCAGCGUGAGGCUGUUAUGAAGGCCCUUGUCUCUCAGCUGCCAGGUGAUGCAGAGAAAGUGAAAGACGGCGAAUCAGAGUAUUGGACACCGGCACUCAGCCUCAUGGUCAAGUUAAUGGAGCGGCCCACCUUCUAUGAGGGCAUGAGCUUUUCUCAUCUCGAAUCCAUCGGACGAUGCCUUUUGAAGGCCCACAAACGUUCAGGCAAAUCAGAGAAAGAAACGCUCCGGGCCCGAAGUGAUUUCAAGCUCCUUUAUGAGCUGGCUACAUCGGUCAUCCGCCAAAUGACGAAUGGAAGCCCCGAAGAGCGUGAAAACGAUUAUCUCAGGGAUGCCAUUUUGCUCCUCCAGUCUCCAUGCCAGAACUCAGAGGCCGCGGCGCGGAUUGUCCUUCUCCACGCUUUCAUCUCGGCCGUUCAAGUAUUACCUGCCGCUAAGAAGUCUGGAGAAGAUGGGCUGGAUACUGGCAUCCUGAAGAAUCAGCUCAUUCAGCUCGCAACACCGGUUGUCACGUCUGAGAAGAAAGCCACAAAGGGCCUGCUAGCUCUCCUCAUCGCCCUGGAUGCACUCAACCCUCUGAGCCAUGAAGAUGUCAGGCCCGCGCUGGCAGCCGCCGCACCAUCGUUACUUGAAGCUAGUGACGUGCUCCUCGGGGAAGGGCUGCGGGACGGGUGGGAAGUGCGGAUGUUCUUGGCAAAUCACUUCCCCGAGGUGCUUACCUCCCCGUUGAAGAUCGAUUUGGCGGCAGACGCAUCUCCUGCUCUUGACGGCGAGAAAGCAGAGUCCGGCUCUCCUGCAAUACUCGGCAAGACAGCUUUGUUGCGAUAUGUGGAUGCUGUGAUCGGGCCUGCGGAAGAAGACACUAAGCUUAAAUCACUGGAAGAAUUUGUGACGACCAACUGUCCUAGCGAGAGCUUAAUGGGCAACCUUUUGGUAACCUAUCGGUUGAUUCAGCACCUCAAGGGAUCCCGACCGUCAACUUCACCAGUACGGUUCGAUCUUGCUCAAGCAAACAGCAGGCUCUGCGACCAACUCGUUCAUACAACUGUUCCCGCCCAUUUCCUCCUAUGCGCUAAAGCCAUCCAGCUCAUCCUCGAUCAGAACCCGGCGUGCAUGACCCAGUGGAACAUUGAGCACAGCCUAAGUACCGUGUCCGCCAUCUCCGACCAGGCCCCGACCCAAAUCUUAGUUUCCACAACUCCAGCUGUCUACCCAGCCCUAUGCCGCCUCGUCGAAGUGGUCAUCAAGCGCCACCGAAAGCGCCUCGACGGCCACUUCCACAUUCUCAUCAUGGCCCUGCAGGCCUUGCUUCGUUUACUCCUCCUCUCCCCACCCAUUCAACCGACCCCGACCACCACCACUCCAACAACAACAACAAUAACAACAAAGCCAACCCCAACCCCCCAAGAAAAACACGCCAAGCUCUUCUCCCGCCUACUCACCCUCAUCUGCGAACCCACCGCCUCCUCCGUUUCCCGCUCCUCCCAAUCAUCCACCACAACCACAACUACCGCCACUGCCCCAGCCGGUGGUGCUCUCGACUCGGAGCGCGACCGCGCCAAGCGCUACGCCGGCCAAUUCAUGUACCUCGUUCUAAUGCAGUACAUCCGGCUGCAGCUGUCCAGCAAGCUUCCGGGGGGCACGAUCCCUCAUAAGGUGCGUGAGGCGUUGGAGCCGGGGGUGUAUGCUAUUUUGGAUAUUACGACGCGGGAUGGGCUGCGGAUUAUGAAUGAUGGGAUGGAUGGUGGUGGUGGUGGUGCGGGAGGGAGGGUGGUGUUGAGGGAGAUGUAUAAGGGGUAUGAGAAGUUUGGGAAGUGGAGUGGUGUUUGA